AUGCCUGCCGCUAAAAUCGGGGUGUUUGACGAGGCGUUUGUGGGCCGAGUUCACGUUCACAAGCCGGUCCUGCACCUGUGGACGCCGAUUUUCCCACUUUUGUCGGCAUUUUUUGGGAUCCUCGCGUUUGUCGCGGGAUACAUUAUUAGUGUUGCUAACGAUCAUCAAGAGGCUUGGUUUUCGUUCAUAAGGUAGGAAAUCUGACACAAAGAUGUUUUGUAUCAGUCUGUCGGGAAAAUAAUAAGCACAAUGUCGCUCAUUCCUAUCGUGUCGCUGAAGUGAAAGGAAGUUUGAUUUUAUAUUCAUUUUCACUUCAGCGAAGCGAUCGGCACAGCGACAUUAUGCUCAUUAUUUUCCCUACAGACUGAUAUUGUUAUCUUUACAGCGAUGGUGGAUCUCUGGCUCCGGAAAGUUGCAUAUUUGGAAUUCUUCUGAACUUCUCGUCGUUCUUUUGUAUGUUUUUUGUUUGUUUGUGUAUCUCGCUUCCCGAGGCAUUGCGGUCGUCUCGAAACGUUUUCACGGGGCUAAAAUAGGUCAAGUAAUUUUGAUUCUUUAAGGUCCUGUAGUGUGAGUUUUGUGCAAAUGAUAAAUUAAUUUUUUGCGUUAUGUGUUAUCAGAAGGCGCUGAUGGAGCCAGUAAAAAUUAAUUGACGGAACAUUUUUUAUGGCAGUUUUAGAACAUAGGGCGUAGGUCGAAAAAUCUCUGCAUCCGGGAGGCAUUCCGACUGCCGCCAAAUUCUUAUCUCUCUGACAAAAAAUAGCUCUGCUUUGAACAGAGGUAGACAUUUGGCGGUAUUCGGAAUGCUUCCUGUAAGUAAUAGGAAGCCAUUUAAAACACUGAAGUAUCAAAAACUCAGCAAAAUACCUCCCUCUCCAAGUCAAAAGACUCCGAUGUCAAAAUCGAGCCCGCUCUUUUUGUGAGGGAAAGGGCUCUUCAAAACUGAGACUUUUUUAGUUGGAGAGGGAGGUAUUUUGCUACAUUUUUUAUGCUUCCCGGAUGCAAAAUGGUACGUUUUUUGCUACUGAAUCAGGUCCGUCACUGUACCCUCAAAUGUCUCCCUCUCUGACAAAAAAUAGCGCUGGUUCGUGGAGAGGUAGACAUUUGGCGGUAUUCGUAAUGCUUCCUGGAAGCCAUGAGAAGCCCUUUGAAAUACUGGAAAUCGUCCUGAAUUGUAAGGUGGCGGACCUGAUUCAGUGGCACAAAACGUAGCAUUCCGCAUUAAAUGUUUCUUGGUAAUCGGUAGUAAAGAGUAGUUUGCAAUCAUCCUCAAGUUUCAAACCACCGGACAUAGGCACGUCAAACUGAGGAGUCCGGUGACCGGAAUAGACUCUUCGCUAUCGGUUUUUUACACUUCGUCUUGAUUUCGCAGAGAAAGAGAGAAAAAAGACCCGCAAAAGCGUACUCUCGCGCCCCAAAAAUUCCCCAUUUCUUCCCCGACAAAACGUUUUUUCGCGUCUUUUUUGGCAAAUUGCCAAUUCCUUCACCGGACUGCUUUAGCUUAUCUCAGUUUGACGUGAUAGGCCCUCGCGAUAUUUCAAACCUGAAAUUUCAGGGUUUCUCACUUGUUUCGCUCGGCAUUACCAGCUGAUCCAAUAUGUCCACUUUCAUCGUGGGCCUCAAACCAAAUUCCGUGCAGUUGUCUGGUUCAUGUUGGUUGUGGGCAUGAUUUCCGGCGUCGGCACGGCAGUUGUCGCCAACUUCCAGCUCAGCACGGUGCCCAUCGCUCACGGCCUUGGGGCGACUAUUGCCUUUCUGUGCGGCAUGAUAUAUGUCUGGUGUUAUGUGGUGGUGUCGGUGGUGAUGCGACCGAAAUUCUCGCCAAAGGCGCUGACAGUUUUCAGAAUUCUGUUGGCGUUGAUUGUCACAGCGUCGCUGACAUUGCGUACGGAUUUUUUGUGUUUUUUAAAAUACGAAUUUCCUUGAAGUUUUGUAAUAAGGUUGUUUUAGAUGAAAUGGCGUUGUAUGAAAGACCUUUUGUCAGAAAAUUAUCCGACGGAACAAAGCCAAAAGCACCGGAAUUCCCAAAAGACACCGGGAUCUUCCGCUACAAGCCGGAUCAUUAUGUAAGCCCGCUUGGUUCAUGGAACGCCCGGAUACAGUGGCGGACCUGAUCCAGUGGCAAAGAACGAACAGUUUUGCAUUCGGGAAUUAUCAAAAAAUGUGGCAAAAUACCUCCUUCUACAAGUGAAAAAACUCCGUUUCGAAGAGCGCGCUCUUUCCCUCACAAAAAGAGCGGGCGUGCUUUUGAAAUUGCAGUUUUUUUCACUUGGAGAGGGAGGUAUUUUGCAACAUUUUUUGACACUUCCCGGAUGCAAAAAAGUACGUUUUUUGCCACUGAAUCAGGUCCCCCACUGUAUGAGAAAACUCUCUUUUCCAGGAGUACCUCAACCACAUUGUUGCGGCAUUGGCCGAAUGGGUCCUUGCUGUUGGGUUCUUUGUGAUCAUAGCGUCUUUGUGCUACGAAUUGAGCACCUUCGAAAUCAACACUCUCACAAAGGAUCAGCAACGAUAUUUGGUGGAGGAGAACCGAAGGCCAGUGCUGGUUUCCAUCAAGCACAGCGAAUUAUUGAAUGGAAAUUUAGAAACUCAGAAACGUGAUUAA